CAGGAGAAAGGCACAAGGAAACAUCCAGCUGGAGAUGACAGGAGCCAAGAGGAUAUUUGACACAAAGCCAACAGAGGUAAAAUCUGCAUGACUAUGCAUGAUGCAUACAGAGUAGGAGCGAAAUGGCUUCACUUCCCCUCCAUAAUACCAUGAGGGGGCCGAAUGUUCCUCCCCGGGCCAGCAUGAAAUCUGGCAACUAACAAGAUCCCUGCUAGAACAGCGGGGAAUCCCAUGGCACCACCCUCCAUCCCCACUGACAAUUCUCACUAGCGCAAUCCCAGAGUUUAAGCUCCCAAAGGGAUUCAGGGAUAGUGGGAAAGAGCGCUUCUUCCGAAUUGUCAUGUCCUCAUCAGCCCAGACGAUAUGGAGCGCUAGAUGCGAAAGAGUAAUCCAAAAGGGGAACAUCGCUCUCCCAAACGGUUCGGGCAAAAGGCCCUCAAUAAGGACCUAGUGCUACGUACUUGGUCAGGGGCAAUUCUCGACGAGAAAAAACUUCCUAAAGACUGGACGGAAGUUAACGGGGUUUUAGUGGGUAUAACGUUGUAAGUGCCGGGGCGCGCAAGGUAAGUAAGGGGAUGGCGCAGAGAAGAAGAAUG